GAAGCUUCAGCUCGGUCCUCCAACUAUGACGCACGGAGCGUAGACAGCCAGCCCUUGACUGCGACCCGCAAACCAGGCCGAUUUCAGAGAAGAGGGAGCUGCACGAUGUAGGCAGACUGGUCCCCAGUGGGACUCCAUGCUGUUCUCUGGGGGACCAUGGAGCCAACCCCAGGGACCAGCUAUGGGCCCCCACCCUUCAACUCAGCACAGCCCUUCCUCAGCUGCACCCUACAGUCCUCAUGCUCUCCAAACGUGAGCGGCGGCCUGACGUCUGCCAGAUGCUCGUGGGGCCACGCUGGAGACGAGGGCUCUGAGCAGAGUGAGGGCACACAGCCUGGUGCAGACCCGGGGGGCAGCACACAGAGGAGGUUCAGGUCCUCGGCCUUUCCCUCGUCCCUAAGCUGGGACUCGGACUCUGAGAAAGAAACACUAGAUGAGGAGGAGCUACAGCACUUUUCUAACCCUCAUGGUCUGGCUGCUCACAGCCCAGGAUCUCCUUCUACUGGACUCAGACUCGAAGGUGGAGAUCACCAAGAGCCUGAAAAUCUGCCGCACCCGCAGAGGAAGACGGAUUUAUGUACGGCUGUGGAGGGGCAGGCCAACGACAACGAGAGCACAAAGACAGAACAGCCAAACCCAUCGCAGCUGGCAGGCAGCAAAGUCUGGAAUGUAUCUGAGGGCGCCGAGCCGUUUGUGUCCAACAUAAAACCAAAGGAAGGUUGUCAAAUGGAGGAGGAGGAGGAGGAGGCGGGCAACAGUGAGGGAGAGAAAAGGCCUGAGGCAAAGGAAACCAAGGAGCCGGAGAGAGACGUGUACACCUUCCCUGGAGACUCGGAUCCCGAGAGUCCUCCUCCUGCCCCCUGGGCUCACUGCACAUUCAUUCAGCGGUGCAAAAAGAAGAGGGUGCUGCUCAGGCCUUUCUCUGGACUUGGCACCAUGAAGCGCACGUUGCCUGAGGCUGACAAGUGGGCACGAGCGAGUCCCCAAAAAACAAAAACUCCUGAGACAACACGGCUGACUCAAGGUGGGGGGGUUUAUGAUUUUGAGGAGGCUGGCGAUGGUGAGGCAGCGGUGGAAGAACCGAAGCUCAGAGAUAGAGGAGGCAAAAGGGAAGAAAGUGGGGUAGAGUCGGCAAAAGAAAUCUUCACCUGUGUGGAAUGUAGCAUUUACUUCAAAAAGCAGGUCCAUCUGCAGGAGCACAUGGCGGAGCACUGUCACAGUGGGUCAGGGGGAGGCAGGCGUUCAGGAAAGGCCGGCCGUUUCCAGUGCAUUGAGUGUGGGUGGAGCCUGCCAAACCGGCUCGCCUUGGCAGACCAUCACAGACGGCACCAGGAGUCCCGUCUGAAGAUCCUGGCAGAGAUCGAGAAACUUAACGAAAAUGGGAAACCAAGAGAGAUUCAAAAACUGGACAGGAAGGCAAUGAAGCAUCUGAGGCCAGACCCGGCCGUUAGGCAACAUGCAAGUCUGGUCUUGAUUCCAGGCAAAGUGUCAGACUCAGAAAUAGUCACAUCUCCAGCUGUGUCCCCAGCCCCAGUUUCAUCACCAGAAGCAGCAGUUGAUGACUCAGAAACAGCUCCUCCAGAUUCAGUUCGAUCCCCCACUCCGACCCAAGCUGGUUCUGCCUGCCGCCGCCGCCGCUUUGUCUGCAACAAGUGCAACUUCAGCACAAGAACCUCCCAGGCACUGGCUAAUCACUCAAAGACCCACAACAGAAAAAAGCCCACCCUUCAAGCAAACUCCUCACCUCCUGUUUCACCAUCAUGCUUGCUCACCCCCCCCUCCCUGGCCUGUGCUCAGUGUGCCUUCCUGACCUCAAGCCAAACUGUGCUGAGAGAACACCAGAAACUGGUUCACCCAGGACUGGGUGGGGCACAAGAUGAGGAAACUGAGCUGCAUUCAGGCUCUAAUGUGGGUGCUCAAAAAUCUAAACCCCUCUUGGAUUCUGAUCAGCUCUCUGGGUCUGGAUCUGUGCCCAGUGCAGCUCUAGGAGACAGCCCGCAGAGAGUCAUGGCCUUUGAGGAGAGCACCACAGCAGAGGGUGCCGCAGCUCGGCCUGCGGGCCGGGUGCUGCCUGGGAGUGGAGAAGAGGAGCAGGAUGGAGAUGAGAGCACAGAACCUGACAGUGAGGCCGGCUCACCUGGAGCAGUGCAACCACACACCAGAGCCCGAGCCAGCACAGAUGACUGCCCAGCACUGCAGAGUGCUACACUAUCGCCCCCCCAUGUGAGGAGUUUGAAGGAUGGUGACGAGCAGGAAGUGGAGAAUAAAGGAAAGGUGUUCUUCCUUAGGAAGAGCGCCCAGGUUACUGCUACCCCUGCAGGAACCGACAGUGACGACGACGAUGAUGACAACAGUGACGAGGAGCAAGUGCGACGUUUCCUGUCAGAGGGCAUAUUGGGUGAAGAUGAGAAUGAUGAGGAUGUGGAGGCGCUGAAGAGCGUGGAGAGGAAAUGCCCCUACUGCCCUGAUCGAUUUCACAAUGGAAUCGGGCUUGCCAAUCAUGUGAGAGGCCACCUGAACCGAGUGGGCGUCAGCUACAAUGUGCGUCACUUUAUAUCCCCUGAGGAAGUCAACGCGAUUGAGAAGAAGUUCUCCUACCAGAAGAAGAAGAAAAAAGUUCUAGAAGUGGUCGCUAUAAUGUACAGCAGUGGUUUCCAGUCUGGGGGUGGGGACACCCACAAGGGUCACAGAGUAAGUCUGAAGGUUCAUGAGAUGAUUCACAAAGUGAGAAAGGUUUAG